GGCACGAACCGGCGGACGAGUGCCAUUCCGUUCUUUCCCCAUCGCCGUCUUCCACAACGCAGCUUCGCCGCCGCCCCAAAUCCUUCGCAACAGGACACCAUCUCGCACCCGCCGCAAAGUCCCCUUCUCUCAUCCGCUUCUGCCCCCGCCGACGCGGCUUCUAGGUUUUGCGCGUGCAGCCCUCUCCCCUCCAUCCCCACCAUGGCGGAGUCCAAGAAGCCGCCGCAGCUUGAACUUUUCAAUUCGAUGACGAAGAAUAAGGAGCCCUUCCAGCCACGGGUGGAGGGCAAGGUCGGCAUGUACGUCUGCGGCGUCACGCCCUACGACUUCAGCCACAUCGGCCACGCCCGUGCCUACGUCGCCUUCGACGUCCUCUACAGGUACCUUAAAUUCUUGGGGUACGAAGUUGAGUAUGUUCGAAACUUUACGGACAUCGAUGAUAAGAUUAUUAGGCGUGCAAAUGAAGCUGGCGAAACAGUUACAAGUUUGAGUAGCCAGUUUAUCAAUGAAUUCCUUCUUGAUAUGGCUGAGCUCCAGUGCUUACCUCCUACUUGCGAGCCACGUGUAACAGAGCACAUCGAGCAUAUUAUAGAGUUGAUAACAAAGAUAAUGGAGAAUGGGAAAGCCUAUGCUAUGGAAGGAGAUGUUUACUUUUCAGUUGAUAGUUUUCCCGAAUAUCUCCGUUUAUCUGGAAGAAAGUUGGAUCAUAAUCUUGCUGGUGCUCGGGUUGCUUUUGAUACGAGGAAGCGUAAUCCUGCAGAUUUUGCAUUAUGGAAAGCCGCUAAGGAGGGUGAGCCUUUUUGGGAUAGUCCUUGGGGCCGUGGAAGACCAGGAUGGCAUAUUGAAUGCAGCGCAAUGAGUGCUCACUAUUUAGGACAUGCCUUUGAUAUUCAUGGUGGAGGGAAAGAUUUAAUUUUUCCUCAUCAUGAGAAUGAACUUGCACAAAGCCGAGCUGCUUAUCCAGAGAGUGAGGUCAAGUGCUGGAUGCACAACGGCUUUGUUAACAAGGAUGAUCGGAAAAUGGCAAAAUCAGACAAAAACUUUUUCACGAUAAGAGAUAUCAUUGCUCUAUACCAUCCCAUGGCUCUAAGAUUUUUCCUGAUGCGUACACAUUAUAGAUCUGACGUUAAUCACUCUGACAAAGCACUUGAGAUCGCAUCUGACCGUGUGUACUACAUUUAUCAGACUUUAUAUGAUUGCGAGGAAGUGUUAUCUAUAAAUCGUGAAGAGGGUAUCUCUGUCCCAGUGCCAGUUGAGGAGCAAAAUCUGGUUGACAGGCACCAUUCAGCUUUCUUGGAAUAUAUGUCAGAUGAUCUUAGAACUACAGAUGUUCUGGAUGGCUUCAUGGAUCUGCUGAAGGCCAUAAACAGCAAUUUGAAUGAUUUGAAGAAGCUACAGCAAAAAUUAGAACAGCAAAAGAAGAAACAGCAGCAGCAGAAGAAGCAACAGCAACCACAAAAACGGCCAGAAGAUCAUAUUCAAGCUCUGAUCGCACUGGAAGUUGAACUUAAAAAUAAACUAUCUAUACUCGGUCUGAUGCCACCAUCGUCUUUGGCAGAGGUACUCAAGCAACUGAAGGGCCAAGCAUUAAAGCGAGCAAAGUUGACCGAAGAACAACUACAAGAGAAGAUUGAGCAGCGAAAUGCCGCUAGGAAGAAUAAGCAGUUUGAGGUAUCCGAUGGGAUCAGGAAAAAUCUUGCUACUCUGGGCAUUGCCCUAAUGGACGAACCUUCUGGUACAGUAUGGAGACCAUGCGAACCAGAACGGUCUGAAGAGUCAUGAUUAAUUUGAUCACUGGUUAAACAGUUGAUGGUUUAAAUGAAACAUUUGCCUAGACACAACGUUUGCAUUGAUGUAGAUUGACGAAGAGUGGCAUUUUCGGAUGCUGUAUUCCAUAGGGAUUCCGUUUUCACUGACCAGUUGAAACUUGCGUUUCUGGUUGUGUAAGAAGCAAGGGGUCCCAUAUGUACUCGUAUACGGGAGGACUCCUUGGAAGUUGUGUUUUAGAUUUGAAUAUUGAACUUGGUAAUUGCAUUUGAAUGAACAGAAGGAUUAUCAUUUA